UUAAAUCCCGUAUACUUUGUUAGUAUACUCUCGGUAUAAUAGGAUAGCUAGCUGGAUCCAAGUAAAAGCGUGUAUCGUGUAUUCUUAGUCGUGCUUCUGCAAACAACCUGCUGGACUAUCUUGGAGGAGGUCUAAAUCUGUAUAUCACUUACUUACCAAUAAUUGAGUCCUAUAAUGGCUGCUAUACGGCGGAAACUGGUGAUUGUUGGGGAUGGUGCCUGUGGAAAGACUUGCCUUCUGUUUGCUUUCACCAAAGAUGAGUUCCCCGAUAAGUACAUUCCAACUGUGUUUGAAAACUAUGUGUCCGAUAUCGAAGUCGACAGCAAGCUCGUUGAGUUAGCUCUAUGGGACACUGCUGGCCAAGAAGACUACGAUCGAUUGAGACCGCUUUCCUACCCUGACACAGAUGUCAUCUUGGUGUGUUUCUCUGUCGAUUCUCACGAUAGCUUGGACAACAUUCACGCCAAGUGGGUCCCUGAAGUACACCACUUCUGUCCCAACGUACCAUUCCUUGUGAUCGCCACUAAAAAGGACCUUCGAAAUGACCCAGCCAUCAGACAACAGCUGGCCCGAGACAAAGACAGUAUUGUUAAACCAGAAGAAGGCAAGGCGAUGGCCGACAGAGUUGCUGCCUGGACGUAUCUCGAGUGUUCGGCCAAGACGAGAGAAGGUGUUCGUGAGGUGUUUGACAAUGCUACUAGAGCAGCUCUGCAGAAGAGGAGGCGCAAGAAGGGUAUCUGUGCUGUGCUUUAGAGGAUCUGAAUGUGUUUGUGCGUAAAUGUUUUAUACCUCAUAGCAACAGAAACACUCUUUAUUUGUAAUUAUAGUUUUAUCAGCCUUGUUUUUCAUAUGUUUUUGUAUUUUGCUUCACACGCAUUGCUAUUGUUAUGUUUCCAAGGACAUUAUAUACAGUCAUGUAUGUAUUUUUGUUUGUUUAUGAUCGAUGCAUGCAAUGUUUUUUGUGGUGACUUUGAUAAUAAAAGCAUUACUUAUG